AUGGGCCAAUGCUGCGCCAAGGGUGCCGGGCGCGCCGGCGACGCCAACUCGGACCCGCCGCUGCCCCCGCCCGCAGCCCCAAAGGUGGAGCCCGUUGCAUCGUCGUCGACCGCCAGCAACGGCGUCGCGGCGCCGCCGGCCGCCAAUGCCAAGCCGGGCAAGCCGCCGCCCCCCGUGGGCGAGGUACUCGGCCGCGCCAUGGAGGACGUGCGCACCACCUACUCCAUCGGCAAGGAGCUCGGGCGCGGCCAGUUCGGCGUGACCCACCUCUGCACGCACCGCUCCACCGGCGAGAAGCUGGCGUGCAAGACCAUCGCCAAGCGCAAGCUGGCCAACAAGGAGGACGUGGAGGACGUCCGGCGCGAGGUGCAGAUCAUGUACCACCUCUCCGGCCAGCCCAACAUCGUCGACCUCCGGGGCGCCUACGAGGACAAGCACAACGUGCACCUCGUCAUGGAGCUCUGCGCCGGCGGCGAGCUCUUCGAUCGGAUCAUCGCCGAGGGCCACUACACGGAGCGGGCCGCCGCCGCGCUGCUCCGGGCCAUCGUCGGCAUCGUCCACACAUGCCACUGCAUGGGGGUGAUGCACCGGGACCUCAAGCCGGAGAACUUCCUCCUGCUCAGCAAAGGGGAGGACUCGCCGCUCAAGGCCACCGACUUCGGCCUCUCCGUCUUCUUCAAGGAAGGCGAGGUGUUCAGGGACAUCGUCGGCAGCGCAUACUACAUCGCGCCGGAGGUGCUCAAGCGGCGCUACGGCCCCGAGGCUGACAUCUGGAGCAUCGGCGUCAUGCUCUACAUCUUUCUCGCCGGCGUCCCGCCGUUCUGGGCGGAGAACGAGAACGCCAUCUUCACCGCCGUGCUACGCGGGCAGGUCGACUUCAACGGCGAUCCAUGGCCAAACAUCUCCUCCGGCGCCAAGGAUCUUGUCAAGAAGAUGCUCAACAUCAACCCCAAGGAGAGGCUCACGGCCUUCCAAGUCCUCAAUCACCCGUGGAUCAAAGAAGACGGAGACGCACCCGAUACGCCGCUCGACAAUGUCGUUCUCAACAGGCUCAAGCAAUUCAGGGCCAUGAACCAGUUCAAGAAAGCUGCGCUGAGGGUUAUAGCUGGGUGCUUGUCGGAAGAGGAGAUCAGGGGGCUCAAGGAGAUGUUCAAGAACAUCGACAAAGAUAACAGCGGCACAAUCACGCUCGAAGAGCUCAAGAACGGGCUAGCAAAGCAGGGCACAAAGCUGUCAGACAAUGAAAUUGAGCAACUCAUGGAAGCAGCUGAUGCAGAUGGCAAUGGAUUGAUUGACUACGAGGAGUUCGUCACCGCGACAGUUCACAUGAACAAGAUGCAUAGAGAGGAGCACCUAUACACAGCAUUCCAGUUCUUCGACAAGGAUAACAGUGGGUACAUAACAAGAGAUGAGCUCGAGCAAGCCUUGAAGGAGAAGGGAAUGUAUGAUGCCAAAGAGAUCAAGGAGAUCAUCUCAGAGGCUGACACUGACAAUGAUGGGAGGAUAGAUUAUUCAGAAUUCGUGGCGAUGAUGAAGAAAGGAGCAGGCAGCACCGAGCCAACGAACCCAAAGAAGAGGAGAGAUCUAGUUCUAGAGUGA